AUUUAUAACACAUACAUAACACAAACACUUGAUCUUUGAACGCACAUGACGGUUCAGUCAGCGCUUCUCUUCUUGGAAAGUCAGACAGGAGGAUCAGUCUGUUGCUUCACCUUAGGAAACUUAAUAGGAGAAGAUUAAAAAAAGAUGAGUCAUCGUUCUCGAGCCUCCAGGCAGCGGCAGCACGUCCACUGCGAUUCCUGUUACAGCCGGCGCUGCAGAGCUCGGGUGGAGGCCUCAGUGUGCUGUCCGCUCAGCCCCUGCCGUCUACUCUGCGGCGCCCUCUACCACCUGUGCAAGGAGGAGGAUCACCUGCUGCUCUGUCCCAACGUGAGGGUACCCUGCCUCAAUGCAGAGUACGGCUGUCCGGUCCAGCUGCCGCGCUCCUCCAGGGCGGCUCACCUCCAGAUGUGUCCGGCCAGCGUGGUGUGCUGCUCCAUGGAGUGGAACCGCUGGCCGGUCAACGAUGCCCAUUCUCACCCCAACACAGAGCUGCAUGAGAACUUGCUGAAAGAGCAAAACGGAUGUCUUGACCUUGCUUUGGCCCUGAAAGACCAGCAGCGGCUAUUUCACUCCAUAAAGAUGAAAAAGUUGUUCCCAGAGCUACUUCAGAGUGUAGAGGAAGAAGAGAGAGAAGAGGAAAGAAUGAAAGAGGAAAGGAGAAAGGAACAAGAGAAGAAGAAAGCUUUAAUAGAGAAGGAGGCAGCAGAGAGGGCAGCUGCGAAAGAAGCAAGUCAGGCACUUUGGGAGUCUUUUAACAAGUUCAACAUCAAUUUCCCCAGUGAGAAAGAGAGUGAAGAUGAUGCUGAGGAUGAAAACCAGCCAGCGCUCAGUCAGGAAGAACGGGAGGCUCUUGCCAGGGCCUCAGACGUGGAUGCCGAUAAUUUGGAAAACUACAAUGUCUGGGAGCGCAUGUUCAGUAUGGAGAUGGGUGGCUGCCGUCAGGCCGAAGCGACCACUGCAGCAGGAAAAGAAAAGAGUAAACAGAAUAGAAAAGGUCUGGAUACUCUGACAGAAGAAGACGAGGCGGCAGCAUCUGGCAGCUCCAAACUACCAUCUGGUGCAUGUUCUACAUCCUCUUCCUCAUGUUCUGCUGAAAAACCCAAGAAGAUCUUUGUGUACGGACACGUGGAGCCGAUGAAGAUCAUCACAGUGCGCACCUUUAAAGUCCCAACCAGCUUUGCUGCAAGGCAAAGCCGCAUCCGCAAUCCUGGAUUCUACAAGAGGGAAUCUAAGGCUGUGGAUACCAGUGAUCUGGGAGUGGGAGCGGACAGCAUACCGGUGUGGGAGGAAGUUCAGGCUUCCUUGCUGUGCUCUUUGGAGAAAGAGCGUAGGGGUCACCUCAUUGCAGAGACCGUUAGCUCAGACAGCCUGUUGACAGACGAAGGCACGCAGACCUACAACUUCCUGUCCGCUCCUUUUGGGAAAAACUUGUCCCUGAUUGACCUGACAGCGGGAAAACCGCUGGAGCUGCACCUUCAGCUGCAGGUGGAGAGCGUCACCAGUCGACACCACAAGGCAAACUCCACCUUUACCUUUGUCUGUGGACACACUUUCCAGCGCAGAGAAUAUGGCAAACACUAUAAGAACAUCCACUGUGACAUUCAGAUGUGUGUGAACGGCUGGUUCGAGCAGCGAUGCCCUCUGGCAUACUUGGGAUGCACCUACAGCCAGAAUAGGUUUCAGCCUUCAACACAUGAGGCCACUGUCAACUACAAUACAGAUCUGGGCUGCUUCGGCCUCCAUCCCACUGUGCCUGCGUCUAUGACCGACUCCUCUGGUGUCCAGAAGAGGAGAGGAGGUCAAAAUGAAGGAGGAGAAGGCUCCUUAAGCUCCCUUCCGUAUGAGGUGCUAUGGCAUAUCGCUGGUUUCCUGGACAGCUUGUCUCUGUCCCAGCUGGCCUUGGUGUCCCCCCUCAUGAGGCAGGUGUGUUGGUCUCUGCUGCAGGAGAGAGGGAUGGUCACGCUCUGCUGGGAGAAAACCUCCUCCCACGGGAAAAUCAGGUGGAAGGUGAAGCAGAAGGUUUGGCAGUUCAGCACUUUGUUCUCUCCCGUGGAUGCUUGGUGUUUCCGAAAUGUGCCGUCCAUCUCGGAGCAUCUAAAAGUUUGUCCGUACAAUAAGAUAGAACCCAAGACGGAGAAGAUUCGCCUCCCUCGUGUCAAAAAAGAAACCGAAAGUAAUACAAGCUGCAAAAACUCCACACUGGUCAACUUGUUCCAGCAGAAGAGGAUACUGAUGUAAAAGACGUGCAUGCAUCUUCUUCUUUUAUUUAUUUAUUUUUUGGAAGAACAGCCGUAUUUAUCAUUGUUGAAUUACUCAACAACAUUGUUGUUUUGCCAUUCAUUUAGCUUUCAUGACAGAUGUCAUAACAAAUUAUAAAACAAUAAAUGACAAUAUUCUCAAUCAAAAUUGCGCUUUAUGAAUGAAAUAAAUGUAUGACUUUAUGUUUGUUUUGAAAAAAUGCAAAUAAAUGUGAAAUGGUAAAAAAGUGAA